GGCACCUGUCACAGCAGUGUCCCUCUAGCACCUGCUUGGCUGGUCGAUCGCUUUCUACUGGUCUCAUUGGCUGAAAAGGAUACAGAACAUGGAAAGGCUGAGGGGAUCCAGCAGCAGAGCACUAGGACCAGACCUCUCAGCGAUGACCAGUUCUCCUGUCUCCAGAGUUGUCUACAACGGCAAGAGGAAUAGCAGCCCCCGGUCUCCCACCAACAGCAGUGAGAUCUUCACACCAGCCCAUGAGGAGAAUGUGCGCUUCAUUUACGAAGCCUGGCAGGGUGUGGAGCGAGACCUUCGUAGCCAGCUGUCGGGUGGUGAGCGGGGCCUGGUGGAGGAGUAUGUGGAGAAGGUCCCCAACCCUGGCCUGAAGACCUUCAAGCCCAUCGACCUGAGUGACCUGAAGCGUCGGAACACGCAGGACACCAAGAAGUCCUAGAGUGUCCAGUACCCCUCCCCUGGCCUCAGAAAGAUUGGAGUCACUGGAUUUUGGUUUCCUCCUAUCCUGUGGGCCCUGCUUCUGGGAGGGGGGAAGGGUUGUGUAGGUUUGAGCAGGCACAAACCUCAGGGCUGGCAGGAUUGAUGGCUGAGGCCUGCCCCUCCUCCCAGUGUCCCUCUUUUCCUGUCCCUGGAGGGGAACUCUGGCCCUGCCAGCCCCUGCCCUUCAUCCUUGGCUGACUGCACCUUGGGUGCUGUCUGACUCUGCCUGCCCUACACAGUUCCUGACCCCAGCCCCUUCUCCUGCUCCACCUCCCAUCUUGGUGUUCCUGCCAGCAUUCUGUCAGGAUCAGAAGAGGGACCUCUCUUUCCCAGCUGGUGGGACUGACUGGUUUGUUCUUGAGAUGGCCGGGAAGUAGGACAGGUGCAGCCCCACCUGCAUCCAGCUUGGGUGCCCUGGUCCCUUGCUGCUCCUCUGGCCUGAAGACUUAGGAAGCUUCUCCUUUCAUCCUCACUAUCCAGCCUGCCCCUUCCCUGCCUCAGCUUCAGGAUGGCAUCAGCUCUCUGGGCCUGGGACAGUGCUGGCAUCCCUGAAGGGGUCCCUAGCAACCAGGCCUGGUCUCUUGGUGCCUGCACCCUUGUGGCCACAGUGCCACCCUUGGGCAGGGGCACUGUGGCUGACCCUGAGGCGGUGGUGCUGCCAGGCCUGUCCUGGCUCUCUGGAGUAUGCUAGGAGGUUACCAGGGCCCUUCUCUCUUCCUGUGCCCUCUGGAAGCCAAGUGUUCAUGGCUCUGGAGCCUGAGGGUCCAUGAAUAAAAGUAAGUGGCACUGGGA